GUCAUCUUUCUAACCCACGCUCAUCUCCUCAAUACAGCAAUAUGCCGCUUCUCGGAGCCCAUCGCCUUCAACUCGAUCCUCGCGUACACGUACGUGAUGGUGAAGGAUCUGCACGACGGCGAUGACACCGACGCCUCCUUCUACGCGGGGCUCCUGGUCUCGGCCUACGCCGUCGCCGAGGCCCUGACCGCCAUUGGCUGGGGCGCCCUCUCCGACCGCUACGGCAGGAAGCCCGUCGUCCUGUUCGGCCUCGGCGGCGUCGCCAUCUCGAGCCUCAUCUUCGGCCUGGCUCAGAAGUACUGGGUCGCGCUGCUGGCUAGGUUCAUUGGGGGCGCGUUGAAUGGGAAUGUCGCUGUAAUGCAAACCAUGGUCGCCGAGAUGGUCAAAGUCCCCGAGCACGAGCCCAAAGCCUACGCCACGCAGCCCUUCGUGUGGACGCUCGGCGGCAUCAUCGGGUCCGCCAUGGGCGGGUUUCUUGCCCAGCCCGCCAUCUUCUACCCGUCGCUGUUCCCCGCCGACGGCCUCUUCGGGCGGUACCCCUACCUGCUCCCGAACCUGGUGUCCGUUGUCGUCAUCGUGCUAGCCAUCGCGCAGGGCAUUAUUUUUCUCGAGGAGACGAAUCCGGCGAUAGGUGCGAAAGGAGUCGACGAGGAUGUCAUCGAGGAGGACGAUGAUGUGGUUGAUGAACGCACCUCGCUCCAGCACGGUGUCGGCACGGCGAGGAGCCAGUCCCGCGCCGGCAGCGACCGGCCCCUUUUCGUCGAAGAGAGCCUGCCCGUCCCCGUCGAGCAGAACUUCGACCUGCGGCGGACCUCAUUCGGGACCGUCGGCUCGAUCCAGCUACCCCCGCCUCCGCCUCGAUCACGCUCGCAGCCAAAGCGGACCGACAGCUUCGACGGGCGCCCGUUCAACUUCACCAUCAUCAUGGUGACGAUCGCGCUAGUGCUGGUCUCGUACCACCAGAUGGCGUUCAGCACGCUGCUGCCCACGCACCUCCUCGACAAGCCGGCCGCCGCGCCGGGCGAGAUCGACCUCGUCGGCGGGCUGGGGUACACCGUGCACGACGUCGGCGUGUACCUGUCCGUGAACGGGAUCCUGGGGCUCUUCGUGCAGGCGGUCAUCUUCCCGAUCUUCGUCGACCGCGUCGGCGUGUGGAAGUCGUUCGUGCUCAACAUCAUCUUCUACCCGCUCGCCUACGUCGUCAUGCCCUUUCUCUCCGCCGUCCCCAGCAGUCUCGUGUCCCCCGGCAUAUACCUCUCGCUCAUCUUGCAGAGCUUCUUCGGCAUCCUCGUCAUCCCGUGCGCACUCAUCCUGCUGAAAGACGCUACGCCGUCGCCGCUGGUCCUGGGCAAGGUCAAUGGCUUGGCCAUGUCCGCGUGCUGUCUCGCGCGCACGCUGUCCCCGCCCUUGGUCGGCAUCAUCUACAGCGCCGGCGGCUCCGCGGCCGCUUGGUUCAGCUGUGCCGGGGUCGCGGUCCUCGGCGUCGUUCAGCUGCUCUGGGUGCCUCGGAAACAUAUUCACAACCCCGUGGUGGGUGCCGACGCGAUGAAGAGCAAGAUCAGGGGAGACCUGCGGAACGAUGAAGAAGAGGCUGCCGCACUUCUGACCGGUACUAAUUGAUCGACGCCCCGUACCUAACUGAUUGUGGAGGAAGCGCCGAUGCGUUGCUUUUUAUCAUUUAUAUGCCUAGGUACCUAAAACUCAUGAUUUUGACUAGCCAACCCCUUUACCUACAUCGAAUAUCGCAAACAUGAAAACACGAAUAAUUGUUGGUCGUCUACCUAGGUAUUUUCAUUCGCAUUGCAUAGAAAGCUUAGGCGUUUUGACAUAAAGGGGAUUCCUAAUGAAUGAAGCGAUGACUAUAUGAUUUCCUACGCACAUACCUAACAAC